UUGCAAGCAUACACUUAUGAUUAAUAUGCUUCAUUUCGUAUUCCAACACAUGGCUACCCACAAGUUUACAGUUUGGUCUUCAAUGGGAUUUAAUUAGGCUUCAAAAAAGUGGUUUUAAGAGCAUUAAACCCAUUUAUUUACAUCUUAAAUACAGAAACUAAUUAACUAAUUAAUUCUGUAAGUCCCUGCGCAUUCGCCAUUUUUUUAAAAGACGAACCAUAAAGUAAUUAUUACAUAUUUAUAUCAGGGAGUGAAACUGGCGCAUCCACCAUUAAUAAAACUAUCAGCUAAAAAUCCAAAACAACGAAAAUAGGAAAAGGAAGAUUUUUUGGCGGGCCGCGAUUUGUUGGUAAACAAAACCGGCGUUCCGGACGUCGAGGGUUGAUUGAACUCGCAACUCGGUUCUCCCGAAACGAAUGCGGAAGGUCCGGGUAUGACCUCACAUGACCUGGGCCAACACUUUCCAUGGUAACCGUCACGCAAGUCGCGGGAAAUUCGAUCGAUUCGCGGCCACGGCACUAAAAUGGGACCCGUCCUUACUCCAGACGAAACCCGUCUUCCAUCCCGGUCUUGAUCACCACCGGAGGCCUUCGUUUAUUUAAACAACAACACAACGUAAAUCGUCCUCACAAAAGACAAGACAAGAAAAUUGGGCUGUAUUCAGCAAAUAUAUAUUAAUAUUAAAGUCUGGAAGACGUCAGUUCGAAGGGGCAAACCUCUCAGGCAACGUGGCCACCCAAACAAAACGUCGGGGGUGCCCAAACUAAAAGCACAAAGGGGUGAUUAAUUGCGGGGCAAAAAGGUGGUAUUGUUAUAAACAUUUCAUCCAGUCAUAUUUGUUUCGGGAUAUCGGAGGAGUUUCCGGGAUUUUCCGGGCGCAACGCUUUUGCAGGGUGCAUUCACCCCGUAUUGAUUUUCCUGCAAUUUCACUUUUAUUUUGUUUUGAUGGAACUCCGGGCAAAAGUUCUCUUGCAGUCGGAUGCACGUAUACCGGAUUCCUCGCAAAACUUCCACCUUCGUAAGGAUCAAUUAAGAGUUUCCUUUUCUGAUAAUGUGAUGGAAUUCGUCACUGUUGGAUUAGAUAGAUUCGAUGUUGUUUGUGCCAAGGUGAGAUUGGGGGAAAUUGCGCAUUUAUAGACUAGCUAAAAAUAUUUUAUUCGUUCGAAAUUACUUGUUAGGUUCGAAGCUUAUCAUAGGUUAGUUCGGUUGUCUAAGGUCAUUGUUAAUUGCGUUGUGGUACUAACAAAAUAUUGUGAAAAUUUAUUCGGAGUUGACCUUUUGGUUAUCACUAAUGAGCUACAACAAAAACUGUAUCUAGAAAAUUGGACGAGCUGAUGUUUGCUAAUUGUAUAUUAUCUAUACAUAUAUAAUUACUUUGUUUUACUACAAAUAUUCCUUUUUAAUUAUAUUUUUAUAUUGCUACGGAUGUAUUGAUGAAAUGCCAUGUUCUGGCUACGUAAAAUUUCCAUAAAUACACCAAUUAUUGAUAAUAAGGGAGCCAAUUACUGUGUCUACGAUGGAAUAGUAAUUACUAAUCAAACAGUUUGUUUUUAAUCAAAUACGUAGCAAGUCAUCCUUAAUGAUAGUACCUUCGAUUGGAAGUAAUGAUUAUCUAAAUUCAAGUCUUUGGAAGGGAAGAAAGGUUUUUAAGUGCUAAUGGAACUGCAGUUGGCAAAUGAGCCAAUCCAACUAAUUGAUUAUAGGUACUAAUGGUACCAUGUUUCUAAAACAACAGUAAAGUGGAAUCAAAAGCUAAAAUGGGGGAUGUAGAAGAGCCAAUCAUGGGGCCAUCAUAUUCAGCUUCGUUAACAAUUAAUUAAUCAAAGAGUUGAUGAGCGUGAAGAGCCAUAAAUACUCAGAUCUGAAGCAUGCAAAAACUGCGAGGAGUUUUAAUUAAAGACCAAUUAUGAGUGGGGCUGAAAGAAAAAGGGGCAGUCUUGUAGUGGAACUCAACAGGUAGAGAGAGGAACGCUUAGGACGAGUGGCUGGCGGCCCUUCCGACCCCCCGACCGCAACAAUUAUCGAUAACGAAGUGGACAGGACAACUCGUGCGGCCAAUCUAUAAAUAAAUUGCGCGUUUCACAACAAAAAUUGCAGUCGGUUAUCAGUGCUCUCCGGCACUACCGCCAACAUUAUCAAAAUCGGUCGGCUAACCGGUCCGGCGCAAGCCACUGCGAAUGAAGUAGAUGCACCGGCCCGUCGAGCGUCACACGCCAGAUACUGUUGUGCUAGGUCGGCGUUCUGACGCUCCGCCAGCGACGCCGGGACGCAGACUGUGUGCAUUUCCGACGCGCCGUGGUGAACACGCCAACGGGAGACGGCGACUGCCGCCAAAAUCGCCGUUGCAGGACUUAAAUGCCUUGAAGAAACGCUGCAAUCCUCAAAGAAGGAGAAAAUGAGAGAGGACAUCAUGGAAGAUUCAACCGUAUCAUCAGCUCCUGAAUUCGACCCAGCCACGCUGCGGGAAGAACAGUUCGAACUGCACACAACCUACAUAGUUCCAGAUCUUCCUGUGGAGCAGGGUACUCCAAACAGAGCUGAGGCGACCCUUCCAAGGAACUUAGUACUGAAAACGUCGCAGGCAUUAUCUGAUGCACAGGGAGUUUGGAGCACCGGUUAUAUCCCACGAGGGACACGCUUUGGACCCCUCGUGGGAGAAAUCUACGCCAAAGAUGCCGUUCCGAGUACCGCGGAUCGCAAGUACUUUUGGAGGGUACAACUAAGGGAAGGAUUUUAUAGAGCUUGUUUAAAUGACAAGAUAUACAAGGACAACGAGCUAUAUUACUACAUAGAUGGCUUCGACACUUCCAAAGCAAACUGGAUGCGUUACGUCAAUCCAGCCUACUCUAGCGAGUCCCAAAAUUUGAUUGCAUGCCAAUACAAAAUGGACAUCUACUUCUACACCAUCAAACCUAUUCUUCCCAACCAAGAGUUGCUUGUCUGGUACUGUCGAGAAUUUGCUGAAAGGCUUAAUUAUCCCAGGACUGGCGAAGAGAUGCUUCAAAGGAUAAGACAGCAAACUCAGGUGCAACCACCUCCAGAAGUUAUAACUGUGAGUACAACUGAACAACCGCCAAAGGAUACCGUGUAUGAACACCAACUAACUCCAACAGAAGGUAGUGUGAGGUCAGAUGAAGGGUACCACAGCAACGGAUACCACGAUGACGCCUUCACACCUCCUGAAGAUUCCAGUGACUCGGACAGUGAAAACAACUACGUACUGGACUUCAGCAAGAAGCCCAGUUCCAAAGAGACUCCGGUGAUAAAGCAGUUGUCGUCGGAAACCCAGAGAAAUGAGUAUAGGAAAGUCAAGAUAAAAAUCUCGAAGGCUUAUCACACUUAUAAAAUAAAAAAUGAGAGCGACCCGGAGACCGAGGCGUCGCCAAUGGAAACUGCAGUACCUGAAGUAACAACAUUAACCCCAAGGAUCGUCACGCCCCCCACAACGGUUAUAGUGAUGGAUUCACCCCCGCACGAAGUUCCUAAUAACAAACCUUUCUACGAACCCGAAGUGGUCAAGACCCAAAACAUCAUUUCAAGAUACACGCCGCCUUCAUCCAGCAUUUUGGAGAACAUUUUGUUGAGAAGGGAUACGAAUAAUAAUGAUAAUAAUCAGAGGCAACCCAAUGCGACGCCUCCACCAAGCUCUCCAACGGAAAUGGCAUACUCUUACAAGAAGAGUCAUCGGUAUGGAACAGUUCCUUGUAGUCCAGAUUCGAGUUCGAAUGUUCAGCAGACACAGAAUGCUCUUCCCCCGUGUCCGGUUGUUAUAAAGAACAACCCUUCCAGUCCUGUCCAUCAAUCCUCCAUGUAUUCUCCCCAUAAUGGUGAGAACUAUCACAACCAAAUGCAACCGACCAACUAUUAUAUUUAUCCAUCCCCCAAUGGUAUUGUUCAUAGUACGAUUACUUCGCCUAAUACCACUUACUCUCCUCCUAUCACGACCAACUUCAACAACAACCAUCACAACAAUGGUUCCAGUUUGAUCGUGCCUACUUCUCACAUAAUGAGCGCCAAUCUGCCCCACCAUUUGCUCACGCCCCUGACUCCAUUGCAAACCAACGGAGGCACGUCCCCCUGCUCAAAAAGUCCAGACAAGUACGACUUGAACAUGGCAAGCAGUCCCACAAGUCCCAACGGCCCGAACCGCGGCUACAGGAGUCUUCCCUACCCCCUGAAGAAGAAGGACGGCAAAAUGCACUACGAAUGCAACGUCUGUUGCAAAACCUUCGGCCAGCUCUCUAACUUGAAGGUCCACCUCCGCACCCACAGCGGGGAGCGGCCGUUCAAGUGCAACGUGUGCACCAAGUCCUUCACCCAACUGGCCCACCUCCAGAAACACCAUCUGGUGCACACCGGAGAACGACCUCACGAAUGUGGAAUUUGCAAGAAGCGAUUCUCGUCCACUUCCAACUUGAAGACCCACCUGAGGUUGCACAGCGGGCAAAAGCCGUACGCGUGCGACUUUUGCCCCGCCAAGUUCACGCAGUUCGUGCAUCUGAAGCUGCACAAGAGACUGCACACUAAUGAGAGACCGUACAUCUGUCAGGAAUGCGGAAAGAACUACAUCAGCGCGUCUGGGCUGAGGACGCACUGGAAGACGACUAGUUGCAGGCCCAACAACAUUGAAGAGGAGCUGAAUGGGGAGGGAUCUCCCAACAUCUACUACGACUACGUGGGAUCUGAUGUCAGUCUAGGUUCAAUGGACUUGAAGGAUGUUCAUGAGGAUUCGAAGGAGUCGUUUGAGAUUCAUUCACCGCAACAUUCACAGCUUAGUCACCCAGUGUUACACCCGGGUUUAUCGAGGCCGCUACCCGCCCCAAUACUCCAAACUAACCCGCAGAGGAUAAACCCUCCGCAGUCCCAUCAUCCUGGCAAGGAGACCAGGCCCAGCGUAAUAGAAUCAUCGCAACCGCAUAUUAUUGAAUGUACCUAAGAUGUAUUCUUGCUCAUUAGUGGUAGGUUUGUUAAGUUUUUAAUGUUUAUUUAAUUUAAAUAAUAUGCUGUGUCCUGAAUGAUGUGCAGGUAUGUUGUUGCAGACUCUCGGUGAAAUAGAGACCAUCCCGUAUAUAAUUCUUUAGUGAUAGAAAAUUGUAGUUGUCCUUUAAAUUGAUUUGAUUUAUGAUUUCGGAACAUUUAAAGAUUAUUCGGAAACAGAGUUUUCCAGGAUGAUUUCUCUUUCUGAUUGACAAGUAAGAUUUUGCAGCAACAUAUUGACGAAAAAGUUGUGAUUUUAGGACAAGUGUAGUACUGAGAAAUUUGUUUAUUAUUAUUUCUAAAGAUACUCAUUAAAGUGUUGUAAUUUAAUUUAUUUAGUAUUUAUUUAUAGUUAUUUAUAUGAUAUGAAAAAGUAUUUUAUGGAAAUAACCGAAUUUUGAAUUUAGACUGAAUAUUGAAAGCAAUACUACUUAACCAUGACUUGCACGGGAAAAAUUGUUUAUUGACAUAGUUGUGUUUGGUUCGAAUUUGAAUGUUUUAGGAAAAUGAAUAGUUCCAUUAAAUUUUUUAAGUUUGUAUCAUAGAUUUUAUAAUGGAUGUAAAAGAUCACACAUGCUGUUCGCGUAAAAAUUGACACUACAUAUAAAGGAGCAAAAGUCCAAAAGUGGCGACUUCUGGUGCUUUAUAUGGAGUUAUAUCCAUAAUUUACUUCAGUUUUAAUGUACCCAAAUAAUUAUAAACCAAAUAAAGAUCCAAUUCACUUUACUGCUACUCUUCAUAUAAAUCAGUGUAUGUAAUAAUUAUAUAAAAAUACUUUAUGGUGCUUGUGACUUAUUUUUUUAAGUGUGUGUGAAUUUUGAAGCUUAGCAGUGGAAAUUUGUGUUUUUCUGCUUGCACUAAAUCAGUAUUAAUAAGUUGGUUCAAAUCGUAAAUAUUGUACAUCGUCAAUCAUAUUUUUUGUAAAAACAUAUUUUUGUAUAUUUAGUCUAUUGUAAAUAUUUAUGUUUAUUUAGGUACCUACUUAAAAUUUUGAUUGUAAAUUUUUGUAAAUUGUGAAUAUUUUAUUUAUAAAUGAGAAAAGAUAACAACUUGCCGAACUGUAUAUAAUGUUAUUAUUGAGAUUUAUAUUUUUGGUUUUUGUAAACAGUAAUAUUGAACAGGUAUAUAUGAAUAUGUUUUUCAUUUAUGCAGAUGACACAAUAGUAUAAUACAGUUUAUUAAUAAUUUUAGUAUGUACUGUGUACAAUAACAUUGUUUUUGUUAUUUAGUUGUACAUUUAAGUUAUUUAUUUCUCUUUUCGUUUACCUCCAUACAUACAAACAAAAUUCCAGUCAAAAAAAUGUCAACUUAAAGUCAAAGAUAAAUAGCGUAGAGCACAUUAUUUGUAAACUAGGUGGGUACCUCCAUUACAAAGGUAUGGUUUUAUGAUAUAAUUUUUGUUUCACCCAUUACUUAAGUCGUACAUGUUAGUGUUAGAAUCGAUCGCUAUUUAUUGUUUAUUUGUUUUCGUCAUGGUUUUUUAUCUCCUCAUUUUGAACUAUUACAUUCAAAGUAUUUUUGGAAUAUCUCAUGCAUGUAAAAAUGUUCAUAUUACUAUUAAAAUAUGUAAAACUUAUAA